AUGGCUUUCGCUGUCCUACGGCAACGAGCCGCGCGCGCCGUCGCUCGCCAAUCUCCCGCAACUUCUCCAUCGCACUCGACAACAACGCCUCCUAUCCCGCUCCGCGCCUUUUCGACGUCCCCAGGCGCCCAGUCGGCCCCUACGAGGCCUGUUAACAAGCAGCCGCAUGAAACAGCGAGUUCUACGGCCGCGGCGGAGUACAAAUGGUCGCACCCGCGAGCAAGGCCUCCUCCCCUUCCUUCUAUCGAGCCGCCGACAUGGAGCCCAGAGGAGGCCGUAUCUAACAUCCUAUACAACACUCCUCCCCCCUCGCUCCAGCCCUUCACGCGGCACACCCUCAACUGCCUCGUCCAGAACGAGCCGGGAGUCUUGUCGAGGGUUUCCGGAAUCCUCGCCGCCCGCGGUUUCAACAUCGACUCGCUCGUCGUCUGCGCGACCGAGGUCGAGGACUUGUCGCGGAUGUGCAUCGUCUUGAGGGGCCAGGAUGGCGUCAUUGAGCAGGCGAGGCGGCAGCUCGAGGACUUGGUCCCGGUCUGGGCUGUCCUCGACUACACUCGCACGAAGACGAUCGAGCGCGAGCUCCUCCUCGCCAAGAUCUCGAUCCUCGGCCCCGAGUACUUCGGCGAGCAGCUCGCCAACAAGGGUCCUGACAUCCUCCCGGCGACCGAAGGUCUCGAAGAGGGUUCCCCCGCCAAGCAGCACGCCGAUAACACGGUCAAAGCGGCUGGCUCGAUCCACCCGGGCGUCGACGUCGACUACCACGCACCCCGUCUGUCGCCCAGCGAGGCGCUCCGGCAAAAGCACCAGCACCUCGCUGGCAUCGAGCUUAUCGCCAAGCAGUUUGGCGGAAAGCUUGUCGACGUCUCGAACGACUCGGUUAUCGUCGAGAUGACUGGAAAGACGACCAGGGUCGACGCGUUCCUCAAGCUCGUCAGGCCUUACGGGAUCCUCGAGGCGGCGAGGUCCGGCGCGAUGGUCAUGCCCCGUGGUGCGUAUCGAGCGCUUGUUCGUGAUUGCUGA